UUUUCGCCUAUAAAAGAACCAUCCCUAAACUCUCCCUUCUCUAAACUCUCCUUUGCCUCAUUUGCUAAGAAUCAAAUAUUGCUUGGCUUGCCAAUGAAAGAAAAUGCAGUGCGAUGGAUCUGCUUCACGGUGGCCACAUGGCUGUGCUUCUGUUCAAUCUUGGCGUCGCCGUCAUCGGAGUUUGAGGAUAAUUUGCUCAAAGAAUACCCAACCAUAAGAGUUUCUACAACAAAUAUGACUUGGAAAAGUUACAGGGCGUUUAUCGAAGAAAUACGCGGUCAUUUGGCAGCUGUGAAUGAUAUCAGACAUGGAAUACCAGUAUUGCCAACUACAGCUGAUGUUCCUGUAAGGCAAAGGUAUGUAUUAAUUGAAUUAACAAAUAGCGCUGAGCUUACUGUAACGUUAGCAAUGGACGUCACCAACGCAUAUUUGGUCGGUUAUCGUGCUGGAAAUCACGCGUAUUUCCUGCGAACGGAUAAUCCGAACGAUGAAGAGGCGAUUACUCAUCUUUUCACAAACGUUCCGGCUCGGCAAACACUUAAUAUGGGUGGUAAUUAUGACAGACUCGAACAAGUUGCACAUGCAACUCGAGAACAUAUCAACUUGGGACUCCAUCCACUAGAAGACGCUAUUUCUACAUUCCAUCAUUAUACGACUGGGAGUUACGCUACCCUGGCUAAUUCCUUCAUAGUCGUUAUCCAGAUGAUUGCAGAGGCAUCAAGAUUCCGUUAUAUCCAGGGCGCAAUGCAAACAAGGAUACGAGUAAAUACGCCAACUCCGCCGGAUCCUGCCAUGCUUAGUUUGGAGAACAAUUGGAACCUACUCUCACAACGAAUCCAGGAAUCUAACCAGGGGGUUUUCACCAGACCAGUGGAACUGCAAAGGCCAGAUAAUAACAAUUUUGUCGUCGACAAUGUAGCACAUACAAUAAUCGGAAACAUAGCACUGAUGGUAUUUUUCUGCGCACAACGACAAUCCAUCUCUCAUCCGUUUAUAAGGCUUGUUGUGCCAAAUCCAAACGAUGAUAUUUGUGUAGAUCCUGAGCCAACAGUGCAUAUUACGGGUGCGAAUGGUCUAUGUGUUGAUGUGAGAGAUGCAGAUUACCACGAUGGCAACGCAAUACAGUUAUGGCCCUGUAAACCUAGUCCACAUACAAACCAACUCUGGACCAUUAAAAAAGAUGGUACGAUUCGAUCAAAUGGAAAAUGCUUGGCCGCUUAUGGGUACAAACCAGGUCAGUAUGUGAUGAUAUAUGAAUGCUCCGAUGCUGCGAAGGAUUCCAUCGUUUGGAAUAUUUGGGACAAUGGAGCAAUUGUAAACCCUAAAUCUGGUGGAGCAAUUCCAAGUAACAACACAAAGCCAUUUAUAGCAUCGAUUGUCGGGUUUAAUGAUCUUUGCUUGCAGGCAUUUGAUAUGAAUGUGUCGUUGGCGAGUUGCUCGAAUAUGGAGGAUCAAAAAUGGGCUAUUUAUGGUGAUGGUUCGAUACGGCUUCAGAAGAACCUUCAGAACUGCUUACAUGGGGCUCCUAAUGCUGCACCUGUAACGCUUCGCUCUUGCAACGCUACAUCUAUAAACCAGCGGUGGGUGUUUAAGAAUGAUCAGACGAUUUGGAAUCUGAACUAUGGAUUGGUGAUGGAUGUUAAACAGUCUGAUCCAAGUCUUAAGCAAAUAAUUCUCUGGCCUUUCCAUGGACUAGCUAACCAAUUGUGGUAUUUGCGUUGAUUAUGCUUUACAGAUCUUAAGCUUUCUAUGAACGUCCUGCUGUAUGUGUAACAGCGUUUAAAUUACCUUGUGAUAUUAUGUGUAAUAAAUAAUAUAUAAUAAAUAAAAGGACGUCAAGUUAUUGUUAUUAA